AUGGCCUCGGCCGGCGAUGUUCGCGACAUGCUGGAUCUGCCCGCUGAAGGACAGCCCAGGCCACACAAGAAGCAGAAGGUGGUUGAAAAGCGACCGGAGGGAAUCACCCGUGAAUUAUACGCGCUGCUUGGAGAACGAGCGCCUCCAAUCGCGAUCAACGAGAACAAAUACAAGGGCCGCCCGAAAUGGAUGAACAAGCUGCGUGUUCGGCCAUGGAGCAUGGCGCCUUUUACAAACAGCGCUCGGUCUGACGGCCUCGUGCUGAACCACUGGCAGAGAAAACAUGAAUCCGCCCGUCCGCCCGUCGCUGCCGCACCAGACGAAUCUCGUAUGGACGUGGAUCAACCAAAGGAAGAGGGGAAGGAUGAAACACCCAAACCUACAGAGCAUGAUUAUGCCUUCGCCAAGUACAACGUCAAACCGCGACUACCCCGCCGAUAUACAGACGAAGAAUAUGAUCGAAAUUUGAAGAAUGAUGGCUGGUCUCGUGAAGAAACGGACUAUCUGGUGGAUCUUGUCAGCGAAUACGACAUCCGCUGGGUGAUUAUUGCAGAUCGGUACGACUAUCAACCAAAAAUUGACACCGAGUCUGAAGAAAACGCCCUUGUGCCAGCCAAGCAGCAUCGGACAAUGGAGCAAAUGAAGGCGCGUUAUUAUUACGUCGCGGCAACCAUGCUUUCAAUAGAGCACCCGCCUUCGGAGAUGUCCGAGGCAGAGUUCGAAUUGCACGAAAAGAUGCUCAAGUUUGAUGCGAAUCGCGAACGCGAUCGCAAAGACUUGGCCGCUCUACAGAUCAAUCGCACCGCGGACGAGGUUCGUGAGGAAGCAAUGUUGCUGGAGGAGUUGAAGCGCAUUACAAGCAAUGAGCAGAACUUUAUCACCGAGCGUCGCGAACUCUACUCUCGCCUCGAGGUACCAAUUAGCGUUGGCAAUACCACCAUGUACCAGUCCAGCGCAGGUCUAUCCCAGCUCUUGCAAACCCUCCUCCAGGCCGACAAGAGCAAAAAGCGCCGCUCCAUCCUCGGCGAUGGAGCCGUCCCCAGCCCCGCGGGCCAGACUCCCAACGCAGCAGGUAGUACGGGCCGCGCAGAAACACCCGUCACACAAGCAGCAAACAACAAGAAGGGAUCCACCGCCUCAAAAGAAACCCACCAGGCCGUUCGCACUCUCACACCAGCAGAAGAGGCUCGUUACGGUGUCACACACCAUGAACGAGUCUCAGCAGGCGUGCAAUUCCGCAGCGACCGCGCCCAGCGCCUCACACAGGCCAAGUCCAAUGUCCAAACACAGAAGCUGGCCAACGCCCUCGCCGAACUCGAGAUCCCUGUGCGCCUUUUCAUGCCCACGGAGCGCGUAUGCAAAGACUUCGAAAAACUCAUCCAGUCCGUCAACAUGCUUCUCGAUGCACGGAAAGUAUCAGAGAAGGUGGAAAGCGAGAUUCGCGUCCUCGAGGCUGCCAAGUUUGAGCGUGAGCGUAAAGCAAGAGAGGCUGCUGGGCUCCCGGAUUUGCCUCGUCCAGAGGUAAAGACCGAGGCUGAAGAUGGCAAUACAGGCAUUUCGGCUUCUCAUCCAGGUGAUCCCCCUGCAGCUCCCGGCAGUUCCGUGCAGCCCGGGCAGGACCAACAGAAUGUUGCACGAGAAGCCAGCAAUGGAGGUGAUGGUAACCACAAGCGGUCUGCUAGUGUACUCAGUGCUACGAGCGAGAGUAACAAGCGACAGCGGAGAUAA